AGAGAAUAUUUCUCGAGCAAUGAGUUCACACUCUCAUGCGAGGACGAUGUGCACCGGAAACGCAGUCUCUGGUGCAUUCUCUGCGUUACAUCUCUUGCGAAGUUACAGUCUCUUCGCCCCAAACUCAGAUUUGUGUAGGUACGAAGCGUACCCAUCUCGAGAUUAUAAUUUCGUCGAACCUGAUAUUUUAACGAAUUCCGUGGCAGCGGACUCUUCAUCCUCGCCGUUAACAUCCUCUUCUUUGCCGGCAACAUUCUCACUUCCAGGAACUUUGCUUCAACCACCUUUUCUAGCAGCGAUGCCACCUUUGAUGCAAUCUCUGAGCGUACCUCAACCGUUCUCGAUAUCCUCUUCGGGUGCCACGAACCGUCACUUCAUCACUACAAACGGCAUAAACACUCUUCACAGAAGACCUAGAAGCGAAAAGAAACCAAUCCCGGACGAUCAAAAAGAUGAAAAAUAUUUCGAGAGACGUAAACGGAAUAACCAGGCAGCGAAGAAGUCGCGAGAUGCUCGCAAAAUCAGAGAGGAUCACAUUGCUCUAAGGGCGACGAUGCUCGAGCACGAGAAUGCGAUUCUCAAGGCGCAGAUAGUGACUCUUCGAGAGGAAGCCCAAUCGUUGCGACAUAUGUUGAUCAAGCAACAUGCCCCGGCGAUACAAUCCAUCGAACGAUCACUUUCCUCGAUGACACCUGUGACACUCUCUCCUUCACAUACCACCGCGAGUUUAGAUUGUUAAUCUUUUUUCCAACAGAAAUACGUGUAGAGAUGUUUUAUUCGGGACGAAGAUUAAAAUCCGUGUAUGACUUCAUUAAAAACGCAAAAAUAAUGA